GCCCAGGAACCAACAAGUGAAGCUCACGGCUUCCAGCUCUGAAGAAAGAAGAGAAAGGGUCAGUUCAUUACAGAGGAGGAGAGGAGAUGUCAUUGCUAAGUGCCAGUUCAUCCCAUCAUGCCAUUCAUCCAGGUAGUAGGAGCAUGCAGUGCAUCUGCACCAGGGUGACACCACUCAGAUCAGGAGGGGAGAGAUCGAGAUCGAGAUCAAGAACAAGAUCAAGAAAGGCACUCACCACAUGUGCUCUCAAGACUCCUUCCUACGGCAACAAGUCGAAGGAGAAGAUCAAUCCAAGAGAUUUGUUCACCUUCUCCUACAAGUUCAACACUGACAUCCCCAUGACAGAGACUCCAGGGGCAUCCAUUGAUGAGUAUCUUCAGAACAGGCCCAGGAUUGUUGGAGCCGUGUUCCCUGAUAAGCGCAUGAGAACCAAGCUGAGUGAUGAAGAAUGGAGCGUGAGGCUUCUCCCCAUCCAGUUCCUCUUCCUGUCGGCGUCUCCGGUGAUCGUGAUGCGCUUCGUCAGCAAGUCCGGCGGCAAGGAGUACCCGCCCAACGUCCCGGUCAAGGCCUCCAGCAUCCUCCUCAUGGAAGUGACGGACUACAAGCUGAACGGGCUGGACAGCAACGCCAUGCCGUCGCACCUCGCCCUGACCGUCCGCGGCACGCUGUACCCGCGGCCGGAGGGGAGGAAGAGCCUGACGGGCCACGUCGAGAUGACCGUCGGGUUCAACCUGCCGCCGGUGCUCGCGCUCGUGCCGGAGGGCGUCAUCAGAGGCGUCGGCGAGACGGUGCUGAGGCAGCUAGCAGAGCAGAUGAAGCAGGACUUCGACAAUGGCCUGGCAGCAGAUUUCAAGAGGUACAGGAGGGAGAAGCUAACUGAAAAGAAGACCACACCUUGAAACUUUUUUCAAGCAUUCGUUUAAAAUGUAAAAUGAACUUCUCCAAGCAUUCACUGCCAGUAGCAAUAGAGGUGGCAGGCAGGCAUUCCACCAGAAUGGUUUGGAGCUCAUCUCAUCAUCAGCAUGGUGGCAACAAAAUUGUACUGUUCAUCAGUGCUCAAGACAAGAUCGAAGAGAGAAUGACUUAACAGAUCUCAUUUAUUCAUUGUAAACUGAAGCAUUAGAAUGUACAUAAUGGCAAGAAUAAUCAAUUUACUGAUAUUGUUAAAAUCUCAAGCUAUUGGUUUUUUUUUCUCUGUCA